GUCAUUCCCAGUCAGUCAGGGCUGCCUUUGCUAUUGAAGAUGGUGUCCAAAGCAAUGAUUCUUGUGCUGCUGGUCUCUGUGCUAGGAGCACAUGCACAUGCACAGGCACCACCGCCUGAAGAAUUAAAUUUCGAAAAGCUCUGGAGAGAAAUUCAAGGCAUGAAGGCCCAGAUAGCUGUUUUGGAGCAACAGAACAAAGAUCUGCAGUCACGAGCACAUGCACAGGCACCACCACCUGAAGACCUCAGUAUCGAAAAGCUCUGGAGAGAAUUUCAAGACAUGAAGGCCCAGAUGGCUGUUUUGGAGCAACAGAACAAAGAUCUGCUGUCACAGAAAAAGGUGGCUUUCUCAGCCUCGUUGCUAUCAACUGGUCAGGGUAACACCUAUGCAAAUGAUGGAAACCUCAUCUACAAAAAAGUCUACACAAACGUUGGGGAAGGCUACAAUUCUGACACAGGUGUUUUCACAGCACCAGUGAGUGGCGUUUACUUCUUCCGCUUCUAUGCCCACUGCCAUACUGGCAACAAGAUGGCAGUCUCCCUGUACAAGGGGACCAAGGUGCAGUGCUCUGUGUUCUCUGAGCGGCCCAUCACCAAUGGCAACGCUGCCAACGCGGUGGUGCUAACUCUGGAGAAAGGAGAGGAGGUGUACACUCGCCUGUGGCCGGGGACCUGGGUGUAUGACGACGAAAGUAGCUACACCAGUUUCACCGGCUUCCUGCUCUUUGAAGGACAUUGAGGCUGGGAUUUAACUACUGCAUCUCAUACCUUCUGAUAGUUGGAAUAUAAAUGAAAUGAACAAAACAAAAAUAAUAAUAAAGGCUUUAUUGACUUUA